UUGGGAUAAAAAACAACGUGUUAGAGAAGUCAAUGACGACACGAAUGUAGAGGUUGGGGCUGGUGGUGAAGUGAAGAGGAUGGGUAAAAUUGUCUUUCUACGGUAACCGUAACAGAAACAAACUGAAAGAAUAUCGCUGCUGCUAUACCGAACAGAAAACUCGCGUCUUGGGCUUCGAGCCACUUUCUACUUCUACUUCUUCCCUGUCACACGGAUAAACCAUUCUCCACAUUUAUCAUUAGCAAAGAAAUUCAAUUUCAUGGAUGAUUGUCCUGCAAAAUUAAAAAUUAUCCCUGAUCAUUUUCAAAUUCCAACAACAUCAACUAUAGAAUCUACUAGUACUACUCAACAACCUGGAACUACUGAUCAUUCUUUAAGGUCCUCGCUCCACCUGUGGACUCGAAGAAAAUUUACGGCAAAUUUCAUGUUGAACUUGUUUACUCUACGAAGACUGUCAUGGAGGUCCGGUACCAGAGGUCAGGAAAAGGUUGAGCUUACAGCUGCAGAAGUAGAAUCACUUCGACAAGAGCUUGCUGAUUUAGAGGAGAGGGAAGCUCAUUUGAAAGCUCAGUUGGAACAUAUUGAUGAAGUUCUGCGGUCGGCUCGUUUAUCUGGCUAUUUACACAUUAGAACUAGAUGGGAAGCACUUCCGGGAGAACCCUCACCUAUAGAUGAUACUGAAGUAGAUGACUGGCUUCCCCGCUUUGUCGUUCUCCAUGGUGCAUGUAUAUUCUUAUAUUUGUUGUGUACAGAUAUAAGUCCUCAGGACUCAACCCUUCUAUCUGAUAUUGUUGAAGUAGAGAGAUUGCCGUGUUUUACGCGUGAAGGUGAUGAUAUUCACUACGCCUUUUAUAUUUUAACUCGCCAUGGGUUUCGCUACGAGUGCUCAAGCAAUUCUAUGAUGCAGGUGGACUCUUGGUUAUCAGCUUUACAAAGUUACAGCAAAUUAGAACCUGAUAGCAAAUCCGCUUCCAGAGCCGCGAGGUCCCUUCUCUCCGCUUCUUUUCACUCUCAUUUUAAUUGUUUUGAUAAGUUCUUCAUUAUUUUCACAGAAGGACGCGCCGUUGCGGCUGCUGCAGCAGUCUCAUCUAUCACAAAACUUCCAUUGUUUGCUUCAAAUUACGGAAGAACCGGUUCUGGAAAUGGAUCCACCGCUUCCUGGAUUUCGGGAGCUCUCGCUCUUCCCGCUGCAGCUUACAUGCUCCAAGAUCAGGAGGUGCAUGCUGCUGAGCUGGAACGCACUUUCAUUGCCAUUAAGCCUGAUGGAGUGCAGAGAGGAUUGAUUUCAGAGAUUAUAUCCCGUUUUGAGAGGAAAGGGUACAAGCUUGUUGGAAUCAAAGUAUUGACUCCUACAAAGGAAUUUGCCGCACAGCACUAUCACGACCUGAAAGAAAGACCCUUCUUCAAUGGAUUGUGUGACUUCCUAAGCUCUGGCCCUGUUGUUGCAAUGGUGUGGGAAGGACAAGGGGUUAUUACCUAUGGCCGGAAACUAAUUGGAGCCACAGAUCCACAGAAAUCUGAGCCUGGAACCAUUAGAGGCGAUCUGGCUGUUGUUGUUGGAAGAAAUAUAAUCCAUGGGAGCGAUGGACCAGAGACUGCAAAGGAUGAGAUUAAGUUGUGGUUUAAGCCAGAGGAAUUGGUUAGUUUCACAAGCAAUUCAGAGAAGUGGAUUUAUGGUGACAACUGAACUGAUUGAUAAUGUUCUUCGUACUCCCUUCUACAUGAUUGAGUUUUUUCGGAUGAAUAAAUUAUUUGUCAGUAAACGGCAAUAUUUGAACAAUACAACAAGUCACCAAUAAGAGGUUUUGAGUAUAGUAAUGAUAGCAGUAGCAUAAUAGGAAUUGUAUUAAUUUCAUUAUCUCUUGUCUUCUUCAGUCGGGUGAAGACUGGCAAUUUCUUUGUUGGAUGUUUACCAAUUAGUGAAAACAGGUCAACAAUCAUGAUCAUUUUGUUAUUAUCCUAUGUAA